AUGCACCUCCAGCCAGAAGACGGAGGCAGGACCAAGCACGCCGCGAAUGGCGCCUCGGAAAAGGCAGCUCAUUCUCACUCGGCCAGUCACUUCUACGGCCACAACCGACAAGAGGUGACACGCAUCAUCAUCCAAAGUCUCUCGGACCUGGGCUACCAAGACACGGCCCAACAACUAAGUCAAGAGAGUGGCUAUGAGCUCGAGAUCCCGAAUGUAGCCGCCUUCAGGACCGCUGUGCAGCAUGGAAAGUGGACAGAGGCCGAGGCCUUGUUGUUUGGAGACGCCAGCCGCGAACCUCUCCCGCUGUGUGAAGGCGCCAAACGAGAUGAGAUGCUCUUCCUGAUGCGCCAGCAAAAAUACCUCGAACUGCUCGAGCUGCGCGACCUCUCAAAAGCCCUGAUGGUCCUGCGGCAAGAGCUGACUCCGCUGCAUCAGGAUGUGCCCCGUCUACACGCUCUUUCCAGCCUGAUCAUGUGUCGCGGAGCCGACGACUUGAGGCUUCAAGCACAAUGGGACGGAGCGGACGGCACUUCGAGACGAGACUUGUUGUCCGAACUGUCGAAGUCAAUCUCACCGUCCGUCAUGAUCCCCGAACACCGCCUCGCCGUCCUCCUGGACCACGUCCAGCAGCAGCACAUCGAUCAAUGUCUAUACCACAACACCACCCAUCCACCCUCGUUACUGCACGACCACGUUUGCGAACGCGACCAAUUCCCUCUACAUAUCCUCCAAGAGUUGCAACAUCAUGGCGACGAAGUCUGGCAUCUCGAAUUCUCACACGAUGGCUCCAUGCUGGCCACUGCGUCAAAGGACAACACUGUAGUCAUCUACGACACCACCUCGUGGAUGCCCAUAUGCCGUCUGAACCAGCAAAAGCUUCUCAACGAGUCCGGUGUCUGCUACGUUGCAUGGAGUCCCGACGACACUUAUAUCCUCGCUUGCUCACAAGCAAAGGAGCUUGUCGUCUACCAAGCUCGCACAGGCACUCGUCUUGGGGGCGUCGAUCACUUUUCAUACCCAGUCACUACAGCUGUCUGGGCCCCUGACGGCCAAAGCUUUGUUGUUGGCUCGCAAGAUUCUAAAAGACCUCUUGGCCUCUACCAACUAGCCGACCAGUCAUUACUACAUUCAUGGACGAGCCAUGAUUCCCAAAGCCUCCGCGUGAAUGAUUGUACCAUCUCAGCAGAUGGUACAAGACUUGUCGCUAUAAGCAACGACAACCGCGUCAUCGUCUACGACUUCAAGACUCGUCUGAAACUCCAAGAGUGGGUCAUGGAAGACAGGCUGACAUGCGCAACUCUGAGUCGUGACGGCAAGUCACUUCUAGUUAGCAUGAACGAAGGCCGUCUGGUGCUCCUCAACUCGGAUACUGGCGAAGUCCUGCAACGUUACACUGGCCUUAGCCAGAGUGAAUUUGUCAUAAGAAGUACCUUUGGUGGUGCUGGUGAGAAUUUUGUGAUCAGUGGCAGUGAAGACUCGCGAGUCUAUAUCUGGCGGAAACACACCGGCCAGCUCGUUGUUGCACUAGAAGCACAUCCACCUGGCACCGUAAAUUCGGUAGCCUGGCAUCCCACAAAUCCGGCCAUCUUUGCUUCUGCCGGCGACGACAGGAGAGUCAGAAUGUGA